AUGUCAACACCAGAUGUCGAUCUCGAGCUUGGCGAGAGCACACCUCUCAUGGGAGGAAAGAAGCCACUUGGUGAGCUUCCGGAAUACUCUUGGAGAGAACGAGCAGUCGCUGCGUUGGCUGCAGUAUCCGUUGCUGCCUCUGUAGUUUCUAUUAUUGUCAGUUUGGGAAAUCCGUUGGUUAUUGUCUCUGCGGUUCUCGGCUUGUUGGCAGCGCCGUACGCUGUGUUUCAACAACAAAAGAUUACUCAAUGCUUGGCUCUUGUUGAAACCAACCAACGAGUGCGAGAAGAAGUCGAUACAUUGAACCGAGAAAAUAGAAAAUUACAGGAGAAUGUGGAACAAUUGGGAACUAGCGUGAAGAAUUUGAAGGUCCAGAAAGAAAAGUUGGAUAUCAUCAACAGUACUCAGGUGACGUCGCUAGAUGCUCUUGAAAACCAAUUAGAAGAAUCCAAGGAGAUUCUCAAUAAGAUGAAACAGAACGUGCAGGGAGAGAUUCUUGGGAACCUUUUUGAUGUCCUCCUAGUGGCGGAUCUAAAUGGUGACGAUGUUUUGAACGAUGAAGAGAUUCAAGAACUGAUCGUCAAGAUGGAAAGACUGAAUGGCGUGGACUUUAACGACCAAAUGGUGAAGCAGACCAUCAUCGACAACGGAAGAUCAAUAGAUGCUAUUAUGGAACUGGUACAAAACUUGAUGAGUAAAGACGUCGAAGAACGCAACAAAUACUUCCAUAUUACAAAGCAAUAG